CUUUCUAAAUCUAUCCCACUGUUGGGCAAAAUGAUUAGGCACAAUGUUUUACACUCAUCUUCUUCUGCGUGUAAAUCUGAUCGAUCCAGCACGUGCUUUUAUUUUCACAGGGGUCCUGUCCUAAGUAUGCCCAAAUCUCAAAUGAAAUAAUUAUUUGCAUAUUUUGCGUUACUGUUCAUUCAAUAACGACAUGACUAAAUAAAAGUCAUGACUGCUGGCAUUUUAUUGUCCAACUUCUGGAAUGAGUCGCAUGUCAUGGAAAGAAGAAGAAGGAGAUGUAUAAGAAGUGGAGAAGGGGAAGAAAAAUCGGAAUUACCCCUCCCCUCAUGUAUUUUCUCCGCCAGGUACCUCUUUACCCGAACUCUCAUACACCUUUGUUUCCUGUAAAAAUCAUAAUACGAUAACCUUGCCUAUGACCUGUAUCAACACUCUCUAUCCGCCCAUUGUUAAUAGCAAAAACAUUUUCCCAAAACUGUAUCAUUUCAUUUUGAGAACGCGACAAUCGCGUUUGCAAUGAUGGCACCAACAAGGGAUCUCGUUAUCCUUAUCUUUCUUGGGUCUCUCGGCAUCGUUUUGGGACGGGUCGAUGUCGGGAAGGCGUUCGGAAAAGCUCGGGCCAUACUCCAACCACACCAAGCUCGUGAUUUUCAUCGUAGGCCGAUCAAGGUACGCGUUAGUAACCCCGACAUCGAUGAAGUCCCAAUAAAUCGGUAUAGGCCUAAUGAUGAGUUCGUUUACGAACCAGUCAACGCCGAACCAAUAGACAAUGCCCAGACAGCAUCAAGGCUUAGACCAGCCGUGGGCGCCACCCCUUGCCACACCCCAGAGCAAUGGGAGGGAAGAGCCAGCGAGUGGGAUCACAUCCAGGGCAUAAACAACCGUUUCAACAUCACAUUCGAUGGCGUUAACAGAAGAAAGCGGAUCAUGGAAGAUAAACACGCCCAGCUUCCAGGGAAAAGGAUCUACGAGUACAUCAUGCUUUAUGAUGAAGGGAUACAAUACGUCAUCAAUCACAACUACAACACAUGCACAGUGGAACAGCUAGGAACAUGGCGCAACUUCACCAUUCCAUCUGAUGCCACUCUGGAAGACUACUACGAGAUUGGUGCUCCAGGAAAUGGCUUCAUGGUGCAGGAGUGGUCUGACAGAAUCCCAGGAAGGCAAAAAGAGAGCUGGAUCGGUACAUUUACCGAUAAUGGCUGCUGGCCUGUGACCGAGAUAUUCAUGGAGAAGGACGAAAACAAGACCAUGAUUCAAUCGGUCAGUACCAGGUUCUUUGAUCUCCGGGAAAAUGUAGCAAACAUGUCCGUCUUCACACCACCAUCGUUUUGUAACGACACCAAUCUUACGGUCACACCUAAGGCACAGAAAACCGAAACUCGGUCAAGACCAGUUCGUACUAGGUAUGGGGAUGGAAUUCCAGCCAACCCUCGAACUCGUCUUCAAUCCAGCCGAAGAAUCCCGAGCAACGUUCCGGUCCGCCGACCACAAGCGCCGAGGUCCUCCCAGAACAAGCGAGAGAGAAUGAUCGACCCGAGCCGAAUGGAAAACGAACGCAGUCUGCUCGAGGCGAUUCUGUCCGGAGAUCACCGACGAAUCCCCGAAGGGAUGGGUCGAAUGACCGAUGGUAUCUUGCACAAAGCAUACGAUGCUGCCAUGAGGAGUGGAAGAAGGGAUUAAAGACAUCAGCGUUCAUUCUAUUCCACGUUUUCUCCUGAAUAUAGUGCAUGUCAAGGCAAAUUUACACUUUGAAAAUAUCUUAUAAAAUGAUUUAAAAAACACGUUAUUACCCUAUUACCUUUAAAUGUACAAUAUAUCUCUUUACGCGAAUGAUAAUAUGACUAUCGACAAAUUCCCAUUGAGUGAGCAAUCCCUAGUCCAUCUUUUAAAAAGCUCGUAAAAAUUACUUCAUCAAUUUACGUAAAUGAAGGUGUGCUUAAUCAUGAAGAGCACCCUUUUUUUAUUCAUAAAAAAACCCAAUAUAAUUUAGUGUUUUAUGGAUUUCAGUAAUCGAUAUAUCAAAAACGAAAACCCGACACAACCCCGGGACACAACCACUAGGUAUAAUGUUAGGCCUACCUAAGAAUGUUGAUUGGAAGAUAUUUGUUUUAUUUAAUCUUUUAACAUUUCCCCAAAACAUUUCCUCAUUUCCUCAGGUAAUACCUCCAUCAAGAUCAAAUACAAUUGUGACGGAGAAGUCACUGGUAUCUAUAAAUUGUCGUAGUAUUUUAUUCAAGAUAAAACAGAGGAAGUAUUCCAAACUAUAAGACGAGAUAGAUUAAACGCCAAACAAUAGCAGUCUAGCACGAGAUGCAUGUGCUCGAGAUGUAAGAUUAUCAAAUGGCUCUUUAUCUAAAGGAACUAACACAGUACGAAAUACCCGUUUUAUUUACUACUUAACCCCUCAACGCACACACAGCAAAAACCAUGAUGUUAACUGGUGUACAUAGAGGACCACAGCAGUAAUUUUACACCGGUGUUAAAUUGGCAGUGUUAGUUUAACACCUAUAGGUGUUAUACAACACCUUUGGUUGUUACAUUUACACUCUUUGGUGCUAUGUUCAAUUUCUAGGGUGUAAUUUUUACACCUCAGGGUGUGGUCCUCUAUUAACACCAACUGGUGUCAGUUUUGACACCACAGUUUUUACAGUGCAUGUAUGCCUUAGCGUAACUUUACUAACAUGAAAUAUGCUGAUAGUAAUAUUAAAAACAUUUUGCAACUUCA